AUGGGUUACGUAAAGACACCCAGUGUCUCGAGCAUCUCUUGGGGUGUUUCGAUAGAGCCAAAAGCUAAAGAGGCCUUUGUAUCAGAUGAGCGGAAAAAGCACCAAGGCUUUCAUUUAAUGGAGUGUGGUCUCUUUGUGAUGAAAACACUGCCUAUUCUCGCUACUUCCCCUGAUGAAUUCACCUCCUCAAACUUUCCCUUGAAGUGUGUUAAGCUUAAGCGUACACCGAAGUCAUGGACAUGCAGUAAAUGUCAAGUGGCACGAGGGCCAGACUAA